AUGAGUAAUCUAUACGAGAAUGAUAAUAAUAAUAAUACAUCAGAGGAAAAUAAAGGUGACAGUAUAAAAGAUCAAGGCAAAUCAAGUCGACUAAGAAAAUGUCGUGAAAAAUGUCGAAUUAAAUGUAAAGCAUGUCUUAAACGUAUUAGAUUGCCUCCAUGGUUGGCUAAGCCUUUAUUGAAGGUUUAUACACAUACAAGUGGAGUAUUUACAUAUGCAUUAUUUUUAUUAGCAAUUUAUGCAUGUAUUAUAUCUGUUAAAAGAAGUGUUGCUCUACCUCCAGAAUGUAGACUUGUUUCUGUAAUUAAACAGUCAGAUUCUUCAAGCAUAGAAAAAAAUAAUAAUCAUAAUGAUACAAAUAAUGAUGUUAAAGUCUCAGGGAUUGAUCGUGAAAAUGCACUUGAAUGUCGUAAUGGUGAAGCACUCAGUAUACUUAUUUUCUACGGUUUUGGUUUCCUCUGCGGAGAAAUAAUGGAAGUGCUUCAUUUACCGGGAUUAUUAGGUAUGCUACUUGGCGGUUUAUUUCUGAGAAAUAUUGGUGGUCUUUUAAUUCCACAAAGGAUUUUCCAUGCAGGAAAACUACCGAAUGGAAGUUAUCCUUUAGGAAGUGAUAUUGGUUCGUCUAAUAUGAGUCUCUUUUCUGAUUCAGAAUAUCCCUUCAAUAUAAAUGAUCCACGUACUCAGUUUGCUGCUCUUCUUCUAGUGAAUCCAGAUUUAUCUGGUAUUUUACGACAGCUUGCUUUGACAACAAUCCUUACCCGGGCUGGUCUAGGCCUAGAUCCACAAGCAUUGAAACAAGUUUGUGGUAGUGUAUUUCGUCUGGCAUUCAUACCAUGUCUUUCUGAAGCAGCAUCACUUAUGCUGUUUAGUCGCCUUUUGAUUGGAUGGCCUUGGGCAUGGGGAGCUAUACUCGGAUUUGUUUGUGCUGCUGUCUCACCAGCUGUUAUUGUACCAAAUAUGAUGCCAGCUUCAAGUUUAGAUGAUGUUGUUGCAAUCACAGGAUUUGGUGUAGCACUUGCAGUGGCGUUUUCUGGAGAAAAAAGUUUUGUUGACAAUUUAAUUUGGGGUCCACUUGAAGCAAUUAUAGGCGCUUCAUUUGGAGCAGGUGUAGCUAUUUUAUUACUAUUCUUCCCUCCACCAAAACUGGAACAUUCACAUCUUGUUCGAGGAAUUCUACUUAUCUGUUUCGCGAUAACUGGUCUAGUCGGUUCAGUUGCUAUACAUUUGCCUGGCGCGGGUGCACUGUCCUGUUUAACUCUGGCCUUUGUUGUGGCUACAGGCUGGCGUAACGGUUUUCCCUGGCGUUUGACACAGUCAACGAAUAUACUUGUAGAAACACAACCAAACGUGACACAAAAUUCAAAUCGUGCAAAUUCUGACUACUUAACUGAUAAAUACAAUGACUUAUCAGCAAGAAAUUCUAUGUACAGUAAUGAUGAGUCUCAAGAAAAGGCUGGUGUUAUGCCUAACAAACUAGAAUCUAUUGAGGAGCAAGACAGACAUUCAGAUGAUGGAAUAGACAGUGAAAGUUUGACAAGACGUCAAAGAGAUCCGAAUAGUUCGAAUGUACUUGAAUCAUUAGUUGAAUUCCAUCCAUACUAUUGCUCGAUUCUGCGUCAACAAUACGGUCAGCAUUCAUCAGGCGAACAAAGUAAUCGUAGCAGCAUCCGUAAUCGAAUAAUGUCUGAUAGUGAUAGAAAAAGAGGUGAUCUUCCCGCUUUAGCUGUUGCGGUAGCUGCUACAGGCACUGACAGACGAGGAGAAGCACCAGUGCAGCGUCAGCAGAGCAAUUAUCCGCAACAAAUGCAGCCAACCUCUGUGGGUGGGAUCCCGAAGCCUAGGACCUCUAGAAGAUUCAGCCUACCAGAACCAACAGCUCACUAUGAACUUGAAUCAUUUUCUGUGCCUCAGUCGUUUAGACGAGGAAGGAGUCCUUCUUCUGCUAAUGCCCUACGUCAUAUAAACAGAUCAAAAAGAAGAAUAUUGGUACCAACGUUUGCAGAACAGUAUGCAGCUUUUACAACAAUCAGCCAGUUGAAAAAUAAAAGAAUACAAAAGCAAAAUGAAAAUAAUCAAGUAACAAACAUUGAUGAUCAUAAUGCAAGUAAUUAUAACCAUCACAUACAAACAACUAGCGAGGAAGUUGUUCCAGCUACUCCUGCUGAACGUGGUUUGGCUUGUUUAAAUUCUAUGCGUAGAACUAUGGCAGUUACCUGGUGGUUUGUUCAACCUAUUUUAUUCACCCUAAUAGGAUCUGAAGUAAAUAUCAUACACAUGCCUGGAGAAUCAACCGGGCGGGGAUUAGGUGCAUUCUUUCUGGCAUUAUUCUUCCGUCUAUUGGCUACAAUAUUAGCCGUUCUACCAUCAAAGUUGAAUAUGCGUGAACGUCUAUUUGUAGGAUUCGCCUGGUUACCAAAAGCUACUGUACAAGCUGCUAUUGGACCAGUUGCAUUGGACACAGCUAGACAGUCGAAUGUUAGUGCAGAGAUUAUUGGAUAUGGUGAACAGGUUGUAACACUGGCUGCACUUUCAAUUUUAAUUACAGCACCAUUAGGUGCAGUAUUAAUGCCACUUACUGCACCUUACUUAUUACAUCAAGAUAUUCAAUCGUCUCAAGUAUUGAUUGAACGUACACAGCCUAAAAGUGCUCCAAAAAAGAUUAUUGAUAAAUUAAAAAAUAAUGAAAAUGAUAAUGAUAAUCAAAACACUCAGACAUCAGAAUCUCAUCCACCUGUAUUACUUGCAAAUAAGUCCAGAUCUAAUCAACAAAACACUAUAAGUAAUACUCAUUUAUAA